GCCGGCCGGGAAGGGAGUGCGGGUCGGUUCUGUGUGCGCUGCCGGACGAGGCUCCCGCCGCCGAUUGACCCGCGCUCCGCCCCGUAGCCGGGCCGGUGUGUACCCUCCAGCACAUCACUUGACCUCAUAUCCUCCGCUAAUAUUUACAGAGCACCGUCAUGUGCCAGGCUAGGCCUAUAGCCUAUGGACACUACAGUCUGUCUCCCAGGGAUCCUGAUAGCUAAUGUCCGAAGAAAGCGACUCUCCGAGGACCAGCCCCUCCGCGGCCUCACUCUCGGAGAAUGAGCUGCCGCCGCCACCUCCCGAGCCCCCGGGCUAUGUGUGCUCACUGACAGAAGAACUGGUCACCAAAGCCAGAGAAGAGCUGCAGGAGAAGCCAGAAUGGAGACUUCGAGACGUGCAGGCCCUCCGUGACAUGGUGCGGAAGGAGUGUCCGAACCUGAGCACGUCCCUGGACGACGCCUUCCUGCUGCGCUUCCUCCGAGCCCGCAAGUUUGAUUACGACCGGGCCCUGCAGCUCCUGGUCAACUACCACAGCUGCCGGCGAAGCUGGCCCGAAGUCUUCAAUAACCUGAAGCCCUCGGCCGUAAAGGAUGUCCUCGCUUCCGGCUUCCUCACCGUGCUGCCCCACACCGACCCCCGCGGCUGCCAUAUCCUCUGCAUCCGCCCAGACAGAUGGAUACCGAGCAACUAUCCAAUUACCGAAAACAUCCGAGCCAUAUACUUGACAUUAGAAAAACUCAUUCAGUCUGAAGAAACCCAGGUGAAUGGAAUUGUAAUUCUUGCAGACUACAAAGGAGUGAGCUUAUCAAAAGCAUCUCACUUUGGCCCUUUUAUAGCCAAAAAGGUGAUUGGCAUCCUUCAGGAUGGCUUCCCCAUUCGGAUAAAAGCAGUCCAUGUAGUGAAUGAACCUCGAAUAUUUAAAGGCAUUUUUGCCAUCAUAAAACCAUUUCUGAAGGAGAAAAUAGCAAACAGAUUUUUCCUCCACGGGUCUGACCUGAACUCUCUCCACACAAACCUUCCAAGAAGCAUUCUCCCCAAGGAGUAUGGGGGCACGGCUGGAGAGCUGGACACCACCGCCUGGAAUGCGGUGCUGCUGGCCUCGGAGGAGGACUUUGUGAGAGAGUUCUGCCAACCUGUUCCCGUCUGUGACAGCAUCCUGGGCCAGGCCCUGCCGCCCGAGGGGCUGAGCUCAGACGCGCAGUGUGAUGAUUCCCUGCGGGCCGUGAAAUCACAGCUAUACUCCUGCUAUUAGCCAGUCCUCUGUGAGUGCCACCAUCUUUAAAUCCUUUCCUUUUGCUUUGGGGAGGCACAAGGAGAAUUUGAGGUGCCACGGAGUCAGUCUUGCUCCUUGUCAUUGAAUUGCAUCCUGUGGGGCUCUGAGGGUGAGCCACGGGGUAAGCCCUUGGUUACUCGAAUUAAUCCACGGAAGACACGGAAAAUGUCCUCAGUGAUUCCCAAAUGUUUGGAAUCUCGGUUUGCAACCAUUAAUCUGGAAGCUGUAUCUGGUUCUUACAGAUGUCAGAACAAGAAAAACCAGGACCAAAGUCACUUUGGUCCCACAUUCAGGAGAAAACAACCUGACUGGCCAGUGGCGACACGCCUGUGAAAUAACUUGGCCGAGCCUACCAGGUGGCCACACGUGAGACUCUGGGAAUUUGUCUUUCGCAUGAACCCUAACUAAAGACCUCUGUUGCUCAUCGUGAAAUUUCUAGUUUGAGGUCCAGACCCCAGCUGCCAUCACUGGGUUUGGAAAGCACCUUAACUCAAUCGUGGGAGCAUCAGGACAUAAACAGCACUUCACGAUCAGAUUUGGGAGCGAGACUUCAAAGCGCCUCUGGGAUUCACUGGUUGACUCUUGCAAUAGAAACUGAAGUUUUCCCAAACCCAUAAAGCCUUAGCCCUGGUUCUCAAUAGAAUCAUACAGGAUCCUAGAGGUAUAUGAUUUUACUCAACCUGAAACGCUGGAUGUGAGACCUGAGUAGCUAAAAGAAUUCUGGCCCAAGAAUUAAGAGACCAGGGCUCCAGCCCCAGAUGUGUGACUGUAGACAAGACCUGGGCCUCUGUGGGCCUCACCUUUCUCAUCUGUAAAAUGAGGCUGGAUGAAAUGAUGCCUAGGGCUUUGGCAUGACGUUCUGGGAUUUGGUUUAGUUACUGAAUGUUAGAUGUUGGCUUUCUGCCUAGAAAAAUUGGUUUUCUUGCCUCUAGAUGCAAGUGGUUGGAUCUUGUUUUGUGGUACAUCUGGGCCUCUCCAAGAGGCGUAUGUCACCAUCUGGCCCUGCCUUUAAGGAAACUAGUAUGUAUAUUCUUGGGACCUGGCAAUAACGAACUUCCUUCUUGCAGGGAGGAUUAAACUUGAAAAGGGCAGGUGAGAUGACCAGGGUUUGUAUGAAUUCCUUCUAUCCCUGAGGCUCCCCCUCAGGGAGUGGUACCUUGUAAACCUGGCAGCGGGGAAUGGUUAAAUGACUUGAGUGGGAUUCUUAAAUUUUGGUCUCUGGAAAUUAUUGCAAGGGCAGGUUAUUGCUGGAUCACUUCUGGGGCCCCCACCCUCGCAGACCGUCUUGAGUCUCUGCCUCUGGUGUGGGUGGACAGACCUUAUCCAGCGAGACUGAAUGUUAGUUCUGCGUUUCAGCACUUUAGACCUUUGCUGUCAAAAAUUUAGCCUUAGCCCACGCAUCAAAUUAAGUGGUUCAUUUGAUGGCUUUUGACCUAUUUUCUUUUGUAUUCAUUCCUUGAAAGUCAUGGUGUUAAAAAGUGAUGAGUACUAUGUGUUGUAUAAGUACCUUCUCCAUGCAUUUAUUAGACCACCAGGCAAGGGGGACAGCUCAGUUAGGUAGAGAACGGUACUCUGAAAUGCAAAGGCCAGUCUAUUGUUAAUAAGCUCUUCAUCGGUAUAGUACUGUUUAAAAUGUCUGGAGAAGUUGGUGGUGGAAAUUAUUCACCUCAUUAGUGCCAAUUCCAGAGAAAGAUCCUUUCACCAUAGAUACUAACCCUGAAUCCUCGUGGGACCUGGCAGAGCUGGAAAUACCCAAGUGCAUACCCCUGGCAGCCUCCGGUUCCAUCUGCUGAUGACAGUGUGACCAGCAUUGCUGAAAAGAUCAAAAUAGCACAAGUAGGAUGACUAAAGUAGAUGGUUCAGAACCCAACUGCUUGGAGGUGGGAAUUGGUUAGAGGCUUUCUCACAUCUCAAAGAGGAAAGAGUUUAAAAAACAAAACCAACAGCAAGCUACAAUGAAGGACAAAUGAACCAUUUGGCCCCACCAGGUUUCCAAAGUUUAAAUUCUGCAUUGCAUUCCUGGCCGGUUUUGCCCGUGUCUAUUUGACUACAGAAGUUUAUAUGUAUUUAAGCUCACCUGGACAAGUAUGUCAGAGACCGGGAUGCUGCCCGUUUCCGAGGCCUCUCCAGUUGGACCAAGGAGCUGUUGCAUUCAGCUUCUGAAAGGAGUCAGAGCUAAGAUCUGUCUGCCUUCUGCAGCUUCAAAGAGAGAUCAAACAGCUUUGACACCUCAGGAGGUUUGAACCAAGCUGUGAAACUGGGACUGCUUGGGUGAAAAUCAAGGCAGUUUCUGUGUGGCUUCGCCAGGCAUUUGUGUAAAGUUUCCCUAGCAGGGUGAGGGAACAACCAAGGGAGCACCCAGUGAGCCUGACUCGGUAGUGGGGGUACACUGAUGGGCCAAAUGAGGGAGCAUCCGGAGACCUGGGAGUGUCUUCCUUCAGGGAAAAAUUCUGGCCCAUUUCACCAACACCUGAAAAGUAACUUUUCCCUAAAUUCAGGGCACUGUGGUAUAGAAAAGGGAAAGGAAUGGUGUAUCAGGAGACCCGAGUAAUGGCUUUAUGUUACCGUGGCCUUGGAUGAGCCACUGAACACCCCUGAAUCACAUGAUAAAAAGGAUCUACACUCAGCUCUGAACCCUCUGUUUUCGGCAUCAGUUGGCUUUACUGCUACAGGGACAUUGUACUCUGCCUUUUGGAGGCCUUUCCUGCCUCCCCCCUCCUCCCCUGCCAAUCUGGGUUACUUUAUAGGAAAUGUAGGUCUGAAUGAGUCGACAUCUGAAGCUGUCAAUGCCAAAUGACUCUGUAAACUUAGGUAAGAUGGGGGUCUUCUUCCUCUUCUUAUACAGAAUCUGGAAAAUUGUGUCUCUUCCUGGAAUCCUAUUCUGCCUUCACAGGGAGAGGCUGGAAGAAAGCUACAGAAACAACUGUGCACACCUCUGGCUUCUCUGGAGUUUAUUUGCUUUUGGCAGAAGUGGCUUUAGCGUCCCCAGACUUCAUCUUGCUUUUACAAGGAGCCACAUGUCCUUAGAGGUUUACAAACACUUCGGCUUGUUAAGAUACUACAUUUCUGCCAGAGAGAGAGGACAGCAAGAGGUAUUGUCCCUGAACUCCCGUAAGAUACUGAGCCUUUCUGAAUUCUCCCUGGGUGGGCAGUUUCUUUAGAUGCCACAGGAUUCUCAAGGUCAGUCAUGAGAUCACUUUUUCAUUUGGGGAGGCAAAAGCUGUAGUACUGUUGUGGCAUUAUUAGAAUACUUCAUUUUAAAGUGUUCAGCUUUUAAGGUUUUCUCUUGAAGCCCCCUCUUCCAUUUAGGAAGUGAAGUGUUAACCUAAGGUCAUGGCCUAAGUGUGGCUGUUCUGUGGCAUGAGAUAUGUGGAGACACCAAACAGAAACCUCUCAGCUGUUCGGGAAAGUUGUCAGUUCUGGUGAUGCCUCUCAGUAUGGGGAUCUGUUAAUUUCAUAAAUCCAUAAAUCCAAAGUAAAUUCCUUCCUAUUCUCCCGACUCAGCAAUGGUUUGCUUGACAGGCCAAGUAACAGGCGUCAUCAGAUCCAACAUUCCUCCUUAACAGAUCUUGUUCCACAGGAAGGCCCGGUGUGGCUCAUGGAUGGAGAUGCUAGUGACGAAUUUACCAUUUGAUGGCUGCUUUUCCUUUGGUCUCCCUGGCCAGCAUGUUUAGCUGGGCAGAAACUCAGCUGCCAUAGGGGAUUCUUGUGGAUUCACUUACAGCUCAUGGCAGUGGAAUACCUGCAACCUCUCUCCGACACCACUCCCGACAGGGCCGGAAGGUGGGCUAAUCUUCUGACCAGACUGGGGCACCGUUUCAGCCGCUGGUCACAUUCCUCGCUUCAAACUGAAAUUCAGUUUAGCUUUGAGUGUAUGGACACGUGGUGGUGGAUUCAUCUACUUCAGUGUUUGUUCUGACCAAAAAGUUUAUUUUUCUAGUGCAUUUUCUAAGUCAAAGUGGUGAAAACAUGUAACUUUAGUAUGCAUGACUGGGUCUGAAACAAUAAAAAAAUCCCCGUA